AUUGAUGAGCUUCAACACGUAUAAAGAAGACCAUCCUACAUUCUCUUCGAGCAACUCAUUCACAAAACCAAGCUACACAAAUAGUGUUGAUCAAUUUAAUGAAAUCAAGAGUUUGAUAAAGAAAAUACAUAGAAAAGAAGCAAACAAAGAAGGCGAUAUAUACUUCAGUCAAACUGCUAAUUCCUUUAUUUCUCUUGAGCCACCCUCAGUUUUAGGAAUUAGCCAGAAUAACCGAAAUCGCCAUACAGUUCUGGAGAAAGAAGAUGCUGAUGUACCUGAGUUUUAUUUCUCUCUAACCAAAACUCCUUCACCAAAGAAGAGACUUAUGACAGAGAAAAGGAGAAUUCGUAAAAAUGAAAAAUACACAAAAUUGCCAUAUACACGAAGAGAGAAGUUCAAGCCAAAUCCACGAUACAAAAUUAACCUACCUGAUUUGAAUAAAUAAGGCUAUGACAAGUAGGAAACAGAACGGCCAGAUGAUAGUGCCACAGAAAUUAGAGAGAACCCAAGUUGUCUACGAAACUCCUAAAUAAAUUCAGAAGUCACUUGAUAGAUAAUCAUUGUACCGACCUGGCUGACUAUAAGGAGGAAGUGCCCAUUCCUAUGAACAAUAUUAACAAUACCAUUAAGUCUAAGAACAUUCAGGAGAAGGAUAUUGAGAUGAUAAAGAUUGAUCCAAAAUCAGCAGAUACUUCGCUAGCCUACAGCUCAAGCCAGGCGAGUGAUAUAGAAUUUAUACCACCGCCUGAAGUUAAAAAUGAUAAAUAUGAAGAUGCUUUUAGAGGGAAGCAAAUGGGUCCACAUAGUAAAUCAUUUGUGUCUUUCAAUUCUCCUGAAGUAAAGGCUGCAAUGAGUCGUAAAAAUCAACUUGUAAACCCUGAUAAAGUUAAAUAUACUAAUACCAAAUCUAAGAGGUUUGAUUACAAACUUGACCAUCAAGAGGUCAGCAACGAAGUAGGGCCAAGGACAACUAAUAAAAAGCUACUAAAAAAGCCUAAGAGUCGUAUAAUGUUGCCUAAAAGGGUAGAAACUUAUGAAGACGUUAUUAAGCGGUUGUAUGACUCAAAAUCUCCAAGUAACGGUUAAUGCAGAUUCUCAACUCAUGCAUAAAGAUUUUUCAACCUGUA